AUGAGCAACUACUUGGAUCUAUUGGCCAAAAAAUAUCCACCUUUAGUCCAUGUACAAGCCUUUGGUACCAGUUUUGAGAAACGGCGACUUGACAUGGUCAAAAUAUCAACUGAGAAAAGUGGUUUUGAAAAGCCGAUCAUACUAAUAGAUGCUGGUAUUCAUGCCAGAGAAUGGAUUGCCCCAGCAAUGGCAUUAUUUAUUAUCAACCAGCUUGCUGAAAAUGAAACUAAUAGAUAUCUCACUGAAGAAAUUGAGUGGCACAUCUGUCCACUUCUCAAUCCUGAUGGCUAUGAAUAUUCACGGAAAACCGACAUGUGGUGGCGAAAGACACGAUCACAUACAAAGAACAAACAUUGUCGCGGUGUUGAUGGAAACAGAAAUUUUGAUUUCCAUUGGAAUGAAUGUGGUGCUAGCAGUGAUCCAUGCUCAGGUUGUUAUGCAGGAGAAAAGCCCUUCUCUGAAGUGGAAACACAGGCAUUUAGGGCUUAUGUCAUGUCAAUUAGAGAUCGCCUGAAGCUCUACCUUACGUUUCAUAGCUAUGGGCCUUUUAUCCUUUAUCCAUGGGGAUUCACAAAAAACUUACCACAUAAUGCUGAUGAGUUGAUUGUGCAGCUGGUGGCAGUGAUGAUUGGGUAAUGGGCAUAGCAAACAUUUCUUUUG